CACGAGUGGCUGCUACAAAUACAGCAGCACAUGGUAGCGGUUGGUAGCUGCUGGUAGCGUUGGACACGGGUGGGCCUCGUACUCCGAGUUAAACUGAACUCAUAAUUGAAGUUGUUAACAGUUUUGCACCAGUACAGAACUAAAACGUACCUGUAAUUGCAGUAGGAGUGUGUGCAUUUAUUAUACAACGUGUUUGAGGACUUUUACAACAGUUCGCUCCAGUCCGCGUGCAGCAGCAGCAGCAGCUCCAUAGACGUUAGCAUGUCGUCCGGAACAAAUCAAGUGAAGAGCUGUCCCAUCCCAACCAGGGUGCUCACCCUGAAGGACUGGUCUCAGCUACCCGACUGUUACAGCCAGACACCCGGGGGGACUCUUUUCUCCACCACACCCGGAGGUACCCGCAUCAUCUAUGACAGGAAGUUUCUUUUGGAUUGUAGAAACUCGCCUCUUGCACGGACUCCCCCUUGCUGCCUGCCUCAGAUCCCAGGGGUAACAGUACCUGCUACACAUCCCAUGGGGAAAUUGCAAGACCUUAAAGAAGAGGCGGAAGAGGAAGAGAAGGACAUUGCAGAUGACAGCCAGUUUGAGAUGGACAUCUGAGCUUCAAUAUUACCUCCUGUGGAGAGUUAGUUAAACACCUCCAUGGUCUUUAAUGACCAUAAUGCAUUACAUAUAAAGCUUUUUUUUUUUUUCCACUUUUUUUGUAACGGCUUUUUGUGAGGAACCAAAAAAGAAUGAAAAAUUCAUAGGGUGUUUUUGACCCUAAAAGUGUGUUUAAGCAAAGAAAUGACAAUAAAUAGGUUGAUCAUUUGCUCACUUCAGAGCAGCAGCAGGAUUGGGAAAAUCCGUUUUGAUUAGUUUUCUUUUUUAUCUUUUGUAAAUAAUAAAUUUGUUCUAUAUAGCCUAUUUUUUAAGUUGGGGAAUGUAGGAUGAUUACAUUAGGACUUGUAAAGUAGGGUUUUUCACUGCAGGAAUCAGUUUUAUUUUCCCCUCCAAAGGAAACCUAACUGUUUGAUAGGUGAACAAGUGUCUCCUAACUUUGGGGUUUAGGGCCUACUGAAAAUUUGCUCCUGCUGUUUUCUAUGGACUGAUAUGAAAUGUGAAUUAUUUCAAAUAAAGGUUAUUGAAUCAGA